CUCGCUAUAGUCACGAAGCCACCAGCAUACACCAAGCCCGUCACUCGACGAGUUCUCGUGCAAAGUACAGCCUUGCCAUCAAACAUGAGCUUCGAUCCGCUCUCUGCCACGCUGGCAUAUCUUGUCGUUCCUAAUCGAUGAAGUAAUCUUCACAAAGCUCAUAAGACUUUCUCACUCUCAUCGUUCACUCUUCUUCUAUCUCAUGAGAGCUGAAACAUGAUGUGUUCUGUGGUUUCUUUCGCUAGUGCUUGUUCACCUUCAUCCCUCCUCGUCACCUUCAUCUAUCAUUGUCCCUCCCAAACGCUGCUCAUAAAGUCAGGUAUACAUACAGUCCCUCCCUUACUACAAUUCGACACACUCUUUUCCUCAGCCCAGCUAUCUAGCAUGGAAAUCACACUCUCUUGACCAACUCCACAAGUCAUUCGUUCGCCAAGAUGGCAGCACAGAAGUCAUCCCGACGAGCCCGUCCGUCGAAACCGCAAGCAAGGCCACGAUCACCUAGCCGAGUAGUCAAACGGAAGCUUUCAUCAUCAGGCCUCAAGUGCAGGGAUGGUCUACUCAACACCACAAUUCCUCUGCGGUCUGGGCAGAUGCAAAUUGCCAGACGCAAUUAUGUAGAGUCACCCCUCCUGCACCUACCCGGUGAACUGCGUGACAAGAUAUGGAGGUACGCUCUGGGCGAGCACCAAGUGGAUAUACAAGACUUGAGCCACGAAGAGCCAAUCAACUCGAUCUACGACAUCAGAACGUUAUAUCCGGACACGCUUUGCCCACCUGGCUACGUACGCCCGACAUUUCAACUUCCCAAAGUAUGUCGGCAGAUCUACGUUGAAGCGUCACCCUACGUUUACUCUCUGAAUACUUUCGCGUUCCAUAGUAUGGCAACGCUCGAUCGCUGGAUCAAGAGCCGCUGUGUCGGACAGAAGCGUCUUAUCGCGUCGCUAGACAUCCCGCGUACGUACAUGCGAAUGUACCGCACCGGCUUCCGAAGAAGCUUCAGAUCGAAGUUCCCCAACAUCAGUCGUCUUGGCGUGGACAAUUGGACACUAUUUUGCGACUACGACCAGAUUCGACGCCUGCCGGAGAACAAGGGCAAGGGAGCAAUUGAUAUGUGGGUCGAGGCCAAGGCCAACAUUAUUACGGAGAUCCAGGAGAAGGAAGGUCAGGGUAUGAGCAUCGAUUGGCACGGCAACUCGGCGUGAAGCACAUUCGAGCUCUGGCAAUAACUGUACAGGGCUCAGGUCGGCUUAUCUCGCGAUUACACAGAGGCGAAGCCGCGCAUUGCACCCUACUUUUGUUGAGUUUCAUUCUACUCUCUCGUCGAUUCGGACCACAUCGCUUGAGCAUAAGAGUUGGCAGCCUCACGCGUUUUCGGAUUUGAUGGACGAUGUACCAUAUCAUUGCUGGGUUCUCGCUGCGUACCUCAUGCCCAUUUCCAGCGUUUCUGGGGAGCAAGAUUAGAGAUCACUUGCUGCGCGUAGCCCUCGUUUGCUUUGUGCUGGUUUCCUGCGUGGAAGUCUCCCGCAGUUG